AUGGCUCAGACAUUCCCGCGGUCUACCGCAGUGAUAACUGAACUGGCUCGAACAAAUGCACAGACUCCUCCCCCGACUAACAAUGAUUGGACAUACGUCGAUUACAGCCUACGGAUAUUAGGCCGGUCGCUUGACAACCAUAGCCAGGAAAUGGACCGUCGGCAUCGGCAUCAGAUGAACCUCGUCGUGGAUCAACUCAGGGAACUUCCUAAUAUCAAAAGACUAGAUAAAAUGGAGCAAAAGAUAGAUGAGAAGUUCGAAGCUGUCGAUAAACGGUUCGAAAAAGUUGAGAAAAAGAUGGAUGAGAGGUUCGAAGCUGUUGAUAAGCGAUUCGAAGGACUUGAACAAGAGCUUCGUGAUAUCAAGGCUCAGCUGGCAAACGACAAAGCCAUGAAAGCAAAUGGACUGCUUCGCCGAUUGCACCAGCCCAUAAAUCCAAUCAAAGUCCUGAAGCUCAUUCGCUCCAAUGAGUACGAGUGGCGAUCGCAUCCUAAGAUGCCCAAACACAUGAAAGCCCUCUUCAAGUUAGGUCAGUCGGCCAAGGAAGAAGCUGAAAUCCUACCACCACAUAGGCCACAAGCCGCCCUUAAAACCGUCAGGGAACUAGCCAAGUUCUAUGAAGUUGUGGUAUAUUCGGAUGAACAAAGCGAGAGUGAGGCAACUGAGGUUGAUGUCGGUGUGGACCCCGAUGCUUAUAUGGAUAUGCUGCUCGAUAAAUGGGGAAUGGACUGGUCAAAAGUCUAUAUUAUUAAAAAACCCCCUUUUUCUUACGGCAACUCGUCACUCCAACCACGGUUGGAUUUCGGAUGCAUUGCACUGGCUUGA